CAUGGAGUGACCGUGGCCGGGACAGCGCAGGCAGUACGCCCACCCGCCCGAGUUGCUGCGAGUCCCAGGCCGGCCCCAGGCUGCUGCGGGGCAUUGCUCUAUAGAAGAUGCACUAUUACCGAUACUCUAAUGCAGAAGUCAGCUGUUGGUACAAAUACCUGCUUUUCAGUUACAACAUAAUCUUCUGGCUGGCUGGAGUUGCCUUCCUUGCAGCUGGGCUUUGGGCAUGGAGUGAAAAGGGUGUACUGUCUGAUAUAACAAAGGUAACCCGUCUCCACGGCUUUGAUCCAGUGGUGCUUGUCUUAAUUGUUGGAGUAGUGAUGUUCACCCUGGGAUUUGCUGGCUGUGUAGGAGCACUGAGAGAGAACAUCUGUCUUCUGAAGUUUUUCUGUGGAACAAUUGUGUUCAUCUUUCUGUUGGAGCUGACUGUGGCAGUACUAGCUUUCUUGUUCCAGGACUGGGUGAGGGAGAAGUUCAAAGAAUUCUUUGAGAUCAACAUUAUAUCGUACAGGGAUGAUAUUGACCUUCAGAACCUCAUUGAUUCACUGCAGAAAAUUAACCAUUGCUGUGGUGCUCAGGGUCCAGAAGAUUGGGAUCUUAACAUAUACUUCAACUGCAGCAGUGAAAGCAAAAGUCGUGAGAAAUGUGGGGUUCCCUUUUCCUGCUGUGUACCUGAUCCUGCUCAAAAGGUUGUGAAUACACAGUGUGGAUAUGACAUCAGAAUGCAGAGUAAAAAUAAAUGGGAUAACUUAAUUUUCACCAAGGGUUGUAUCCCUGCUCUUGAAGCCUGGCUACCAAGAAACAUCUACAUUGUUGCAGGAGUCUUCAUAGCAAUCUCAUUGCUACAGAUUUUUGGGAUUUUCCUGGCCAGGACGCUGAUUUCUGAUAUCGAAGCUGUGAAGGCAGGGAAUAAUUUCUGAAAAUAAAAGCAGGCACCCACUGUGAAGACAAGUAUAUUUCACUGCUAUUAAUUGGAAAUAAAGGUGAAAGAGACAGACACAUGCAGGCCUUGAAGUAGUCCUGGUUUAAAAGCCUUAUUUCUAUAUCAUCUGGCUCUUAUCCUGCUUCUGCUUUUCUGCCUCAAGUUGGUGCAGAAAGAGAUCACUCAGCACCAUAUCUGUAUUUCUUAUUUUCCAGUGGAAGACUCGAAAAUUACAUCUUUUUUUAUUAUUGAAGAGGCAAGAUUCCACUAAGAAUGAGUCACAGACUUAGACUUUAGCAAGCAGAAAUGGAAACUGUCGUAAACUCCUCUCAUGACCAACUUUGUUACUAUAGGGGCCAUUCUGUCUUGACUUCCUGUUAUCCCUAUAAGAGGUUAGAAAUGUUACGUUCACAACUUGAGCGAUAACUUCAUCUCUUGCAUUGUUUGCUAUAGUCCUAGAAGCAGGUGUCAUAAAGAUCUAUGAAGAUGAGACUGGUAAAAUAAGAAAAGAUGGUAUUGUCAAAAUAUUGCAACCUAUUCUGGAGGCAUCAAGCAUUUCAAUGAAUCCUAUUUGAAUAGAAGGUCAAUGCAGUUAUGUGGUAAGAUAAUUAGUAGUCAUGAUAGUCUUGUAAGAAAAUUUGAGAAAUCACUAAAUAGGUAAUAAAACAUUGACUGUGCUGAAGCAGGAAAUAUUUUAGAUGAACAGAGGUAACACAGAUAUUUCAGUUGCAGGAACUUGUGCUUGAAACCAGGGACUGAAUAACAGAAGCCAUUUUGAAAUUGCUUAUCUACAUGUAUUCCUCAAGAACAGAAGAAAUUGUAAUUGUACAUCGCUAGCAUUAUAUGUUGGAAACCUUUUUUUUUCAGGACUUGGUUGGGUUAGAGUCUCUGUUUCUCCUUCCUGGAAGCUUGUAAAUAUUUUUUAUUUAUGAGGGGCGGGGGGGACUUUCUGAAUUGCUUACACCUUUUUAACUUUUAAAAGGGUGCUGUCUGCUGGGCUGAGGACAUUUCAAAAUGCUAUUAAUUCCCAGAGAUAGCUAGAGAUGCUAUAGUCCAGAUUUAGCCUCUGAUCUAAUAUCUCUCAGACCCAAUCUACUGCACAUUGUAAUUUUUAAAAUUCCUUUCACCCAUUUUCUGUGACUCCUGAUUGCUAAUGGUAGAGCUAAAAAAAACCCUUCAAGAACUCAAAACCAUGUAUGUAACCCUCCGAUUCAUGGUAUUCCUGGCUAGUCAAGAGCUUAUGCAUUGCAUGCAAAUCUACUGGGACACUGGACUUGGUAGAAUUAGUGUCACUUUUUUAAAACCUUUGAAUGCAUUUAUUUCUUCAGUGAAACACACUGCCUGAGCUACACAAAUGCUAAAUUCAGUCCCAGUGAUGUGGUGCUAAGAACCACAUCUUUAGACCUGGAGCCUGCCCCAAAGCGAACUUAACUCUUAAGACGGUGAUGCUCCUACUUCUAUCCAGAGUCAGUUAACGCCUUAAUUUCUUGAAAAUACUGCAAAGCCCACUGAGCUCAAAUGGAAAGACUUCUGCUGCCAUUUUUAAAUGUUGGGAUGCUGAUCCCCUGGAUGAGCUGCACUCAACUCCCUGCCCUGGCCCCCGGGUCCCAUUUACCGCCCUGGCUGCGCAGCGCCUCUAGCCCCUGCCCCUACCCCACUCCCUCCCUCAUCUUCGGGGCCUCGAGCUGCCACAUCUCUUCCCCUCCACAGACUUAUCUGUAGGGCGUUUCUGUCCAUGCUUCCCAGCUGCAUUCUUGUAAAUUGGUUAUUAGAUCAGUAUCGGCCGAUAUGCCGGGGGAAUGAUUGGCUAUCAGUGUCGGCCAAGAAAAUAUCGGUGCACCCCUAAACUUCAGAAAGCUUUUGCACAGGACUGCCACAGUGCUUGCUACAAUUGUUCUUCUGUUCUCUUAACAUGUUCUGUUCAACUUCUGAGUUUAAAAGACGAAGUAUUUGGCUAAAACCCCCUUGAAAUAGUUGUAGUUGUCAAUUUUUACCACUGGCCAUUUACUAACAAAUUGUUUAUUGCUUGUAAAGAUGCCCUAUUUUUCAGGGAAAGCAGACUUAUUUACAGUGCCUAACCUAGUGUACAUUCUAGAAAAGUUUAUAUUUUUGUAAUUAUAUUUUGCUACUUAUAAUCUAAGCUGCCAGAAAGAUUUAAUCCUAUGUUUCUACGGUGUGUUGCUUUCUUAGGAUGCCAAGCUUUUGAAUAUCUCUGAAUGAAUAUCUUAAAAUGUUUCCAUUACCCAAGUAUUAAUGAGCAUUUCACUACCAAACAGAGCUAACAGUAAGCAACUGUAUUCGACCUUUAUUUAUUGAAGCUAAAUGUGGCUGUUUUGACAUCCUGUGAAGCAUUUCAUGGACACGGUAUCCUAUAUUUUGUGUGUGGCUUUCAGUUGAGCUUUUGAAGAUUCUUUUUCUGGCCAAUAACUGAGACACAACAGGAAAAGGAAGCCUAUCUAACAGUGGCUAAUUUGCUCAUGACAAAAGAAUGCCAAAAAAUACAGUGUCGUCUACUACUAUUUUCUAACACUUGAAGGUAAAAUCCCCAGGCAUACACUGAUUUUUACUUUGUCACAAGAAGAACAGCAGGAGGUAGGAAAAGAAAGCUGGAGAGAAGUCAAGGGAAGCAGUUUCAACAGAGCUCUGAAACUGAAGUCUGUGCCACAUGUUUACUGUAUUUAAUGUAGUAGGAACAGCUUCAACCUUGCUGACAUCUGCAUUUAGCAAGCAGCAGUGUGGCAUCUGUAAUUAUUGCUUUCAGCUCUUGUACUGAGAACGCUGGUUUGCAAGUUCCAAAAUCUGAAACUUAAAAGCCACAUCAUCUAGUUUAUUGUUGUGACCUAUAGUAAUCUAUUGGGGGACAUAAAGUUUGAAAAAAGUGCUUCCUAUUCAUAAGAGAGUAGUGGUGUCUGGGAAAUCAGACAACUGGCAUAGGGAACUUGUGAAGACAAGUGAAAACAAUUUGUAAGGCAUUGACCUGAAAGGCUAAUAAUACCAGCUGGUGAAAAUCAACGCAACUCCAAUGAAAUUACAUGAAUGAUAUCAGUUGAAGGUCUGCUUCAACGUAAGACAUGUUCAUGGUAUCUAUAUAUCUGUAGUUCUCCCCUGUAUGCUCAAUUUAAAGUUAGUGCCUGACCCCUCCUUUGUAUAUCCUCUAAGCAAAACAAUUUGUUUGCAGUAUAGCUUUUCAUGAUUAAUGUGUUCUGUUGCUUUUGCUACGGUUACCACCAACUAAUUGCAACAGUCCUUCAGUUAUCUUGUAAAUACCACAUUCCUCAAUAGUUCAUCUCCAUUUUGGGAUAUGGGGGGUUUGGGGUUUUUGUUUUUUUUUUUAUCUUUUCACUUCUUUCUGGUUCUAGGGAUCCUUCUUAGGGACCCAUUGAACACAACUUCUAAUUUUUUUUCCCUCAAAAGCCAUUUUAAAGAGCAGUUGUUGUAAUCGUGGUUAAUAUAGGUAAGAAAAGGCAGACAUAAGUUGACAUGGAAGGACUUUUUCCUAUUGUUUUUUAUUUAAAGGUGUAUUAUUGCUUCCUUUAUGAACUUGCUGUGUCUUCACUGAUAACAAUUUGGCCUCUGAGUGUGACAGCUUGUGUUUCUGACUAAAUUAACAUCUAAUACUAUCUCUAAAGCUCCUAAUGAAGAGCAACUCAAAAAUUCAUUCCACCACCAAGCACUGGCAAAAUGAUUUUGUGAAGUUGGAAGUUCAGAUGUCAAUGGUGGUAUUCAGAUCAUCUCUACAACACUACAGUAGAAACGAAUUGGAGUGUUUUCAUAGCAAUGUCAAAUGGGAAUGAUCCAGACUGAGAAGGAGGGGAGUGGAAUUGAUGUUCAAAAAGAGCAUUUCAUUUUUGGAAGGUAUCAGUUGCUUUUAUUUCUAUAAAGUGGUCUAUUUAUUUAACUUUUGCAGUGAUAUUGGACUUUGGGUCUCAUCUUAAUGUGCUUGGAUUUAAACAGCCACACCCUGCCUUUAGUUUAAGAUGAGAAUAGAUUCCUUUAAGCCCCACACUGAAUAAGAAACAAGACUAAGGGGCUUCCGUAAAGAUGCAUGCAUCUUUUAACAAUGUUUUUAGUCCAUGGAGGGGGGUGGAUCAAACUCUGUAUCACAGUUGAUUUCUUUUCUAACCUUUUUUUUUGGUCUAAGUCUUAAAAUAAAUCAAUCUUAAAUAAAUAAAAUUUCCAUUUUUUAAA